AUGAGUAGUGGUAAUGAUCCUUCUAGAUCAAUGUCAAGAAGACAACGUUUAUUUGAUAUGGGGAAAAAUUUAAAAGAUGUUUAUAUACCAACUUUCCAAUCAACUAUAACUCAAUUAGCUUCGGAAGCUACAAAUAGAGCUUUAAAUUAUAAUGAUGUUGAUUCUAAUAUACCCAAUAAAAAUUACCAGGGGGCAAAUAUUAUUCUUUAUCCUCAUUUCACAAGACAAAGUGAAGAUGGUAAAAGUUAUUAUACUCAAGUUCAUGGUUGGGUUUAUGCUAAAGAUGGUUCUUCCAGAAAGAAAAGAAUUAUAAUAUCAUUAGCAAGACAAUUAUGUAAAUCAAAUAAUCCUGUUAUAUCAGAUGCAACCGCAGGUCAAUUAGAUGAACAAAUUAAUAGUAUUCAAGAAAAUGAUUCUUCUUCUGAUUCUUCAUCUAUAAUGACAAAUUCCACUAUGGGUUCUACUUCAUCACCAACUUCUCCAGUUAAAAGAUCUGGUACUGCUUCAAGUUCCUCAUCAAAUUUCCAUGAACAUCCACCUUCAUCAUCUUCAUCAAAUUAUGAUACUGAUGAGAUUUUAAAAGAAAGAAUUGCUUCAUUUGUUAAUAGAUCAAUUGGGAAUUUAGAAUUAAAUAUUGCAAUUGGUGGUUCAAAUAGACAUGAAUUGAAAACUCUUAAAAUUUUAACAGAUAAUAAUGGGAAUUUUAAUAUGGAUGUUAUAACAAAAUUUAAACCAAGUUAUGUUCAAGUUGCAGUAAGUGAAGAUGAAAAAAUUUUUGAAUUUAAAGAUGUAAUGUUCCCCGGAGAAUCAAAAUUUGGUAUUAUAAGUGAUAUUGAUGAUACUAUAAAACAAACUGGUGUUUGUGGUGAUAAAAGAAAAAUGUUUAGAAAUACAUUUGUUGAUGAUAUGUCAACUUGGGAAGUACCCGGUGUUGCUGAUUUUUAUAGAUUUUUACAUCAAAAAUAUGAUGUUUCAUUUUUUUAUGUUUCAAAUUCUCCAUAUCAAUUAUAUUCAAAUUUAAUGAAGUUUUUCAAUAUGUUUGAAUUUCCCAAGGGUGCAAUUUAUUUGAAAAGAUAUACAGGGAAUAUCUUAAAUUCAUUUAUGGAACCAUCUCAUUCAAGAAAAAAAGCUCCAUUAGAAAGAAUUAUAUCACAUUUUUCAAAUAGGAAAUUUUUCUUAAUUGGUGAUACUUCAGAACAAGAUCUUGAAGCUUAUGUUGAUAUUGCAAGAUUAUAUCCUGAUAACAUUGCAGGAAUUUAUCUUAGAGUUGCACCAAAUUCUAUGAAUCUUGAUACUUUAAAACUUGUUUUAGAAAUUUUAAGUAAAAAAAAUAUAAAUGAUAAAAAUGAUGGUAAUGAUCUUACAGAUAAAAUUAAUGAAUUGAAAGAAAUUAAUGAAGAAAUUUCAUUAAUUGAUUUAAAUAAUGAAGAUGAUAUAAAAUCAAAAGAACAAAUUUCAAUUGAUAAUUUGAAUAAAAUUAAACAAAAUUCAAAUUUAAAAUCUAAUGAAGUGAUUCAAGAUUUAAUUGAUUUAGACGAACCUACAUCACCAUCACCACCACAAUCUAUAAGAAAACAACCACCAAAAAUUCCUAGAAAACCAAAUUCUUUAAGAGUUGAGAUUCCACCAAAUGAAACUACAUUACAAGCAAGAGGUAUAAAUCCAACAACAAAUUACACAAAUACAUCACCAUCAUCAUCAUCAGGUUCAAGUUCAAUACCACCAUCAUUACCAAGAAGACCAAUACCAAAUCCACCACCAACUGCUAAAUCAAAAUUAUCAUCAAUUGCAUCGAAAACUUUACAUAAUGCUAAAAGUUUUAAUUCUGAUGUACCAUUUGAUGAUGAAACAAAUGAUGAAUGGAUAAGUAGGAUUAUAACAUCAUUAAUUAUAUUGAAAAAUUCAAGUAAUGAUAAGAUAAAGAUUAAAUUUUUUAAUGAUAUUGAUGAAAUUCAUCAAGAUAUUCAAGAAAUUAUGAAUAAAUAA